CAUGAGUUUCAAACUUAAAUUGCGGUCUCUAAGAGUGUUAAGCAGACUUUCCUGCGAUUUGGACGACUGACCUAGUUUUUAAACUCACAUGACCCAGUUUCAAACAUGACGUAGAAAUCACCAAGACAAACAUUCUAACAAAGUGUCAUAAAGAUUAAGUCACAACUGUGACCUCUAGGGUGUUCACAAACUUUUCCUUUGAUUUGACUGGGUGAUCUAAUUUUUGAUCAUACAUAACUCAGAUUCGAAAUUGGCCUAGGGGUCCUCAAGACAAACAUUCUGACCAAUUCUCAUGAGCUUCGAACUUAAAUUGUGGUCUCUAGGUUAUUAAAAAGAUUUCCCUUUGAUCUGGCCUACUGACCUAGUUUUUGACCCGACAUAACCCAGUUUCGAACUUGACCUAGAGAUCAUCAAGAAAAACAUUUUGACCAAGUUUCAUAAAGAUUGAGUCACAACUGUGGCCUCUAGAGUGUUCACAAGCUUUUCCUUUGAUUUGACCGGGUGACCUAGUUUUUAACCCACAUGACCCAGAUUCAAACUUGAAUUAGAGAUCAUUAAGACAAAUAUUCUGAUUUAGUUUCAUAAGAUUGAGUCAUAACUGUGGCAUCUAGAGUGUUCACAAGCUUUUCCUUUGAUCUGGCCUACUGACCCAGUUUCAAAUUUGGCCUAGAGUUUAUCAAGACAAACAUUCUGACCAAGUUUCAUUAAGAUUGGAUUACAACUGUGGCUUCUAGGGUGUUCACAAGGCAAAUGUUUACGGACGACGCAUGACGCACGUCGCACGACGCACGACGGACGCCGAUGGACGCCGGACAAUGACCGGUCACAAUACUCACCUUGAGCACUUCGUGCUCAGGUUAGCUAAAUAUCAAAACGAGGUAUCAUUUUCAUCAAUAUAUAUUAUGACUUGGGCAUUUCUUAAUGAGACACAUCAAAAUGAGUUUUCAGUACACAAAAAUACUAAAAUGGACAAAGAGAUAUAUACAAUCAUUACAAAAGAAAUAUCCACCGUUUACAAAAAUAAAUUUGCCUUAUUGAAUAUAUAGACUAGAUCUGCUAGACCGAGUAUUUCUCUAUUGAACAUGUCAUGAAAGCUGAAAAUAUGAGACAAAUCAUGUUGGAUAUUUGUAUCAAAUACAAUGUAUAUCUAUUUUGUUUAGAGCGAAAACAGAAAUUGUGAAUUUUAUAGAUAGAAUUUUACAGCUGCCUCGGUGUGCCUCAACGUAUUUACGGCACUGGUCAGAUUGUCGAAACGACAUACACGUUUCAGAAAACAGCUUUUGUUUACAUUUGACUUUUCCUGCUCGACCUGCCCAACGAAAUAAUAACACAUUUUAUAAUCUUCCGCUGCAUAAAGAAUGAUAAAAUUAUAUUUAAGGACUAAAUAAUUAUAUAUGUCGAACAUUUGCAUUUAAAGUUAUAUAUAGCAAUAUUUCAGUCGAAAUCCAAGUUAUUAGAAUUGUAAUAAUUACCUUUUUGUCUAUCUUGACAACAAAGAAACUGACAGGUUGAAAGACAUUGCUACAGUUUAUUUAAAUAUCCAAACAGCGAAUGAAUGGAAAUAUGAAAUUUUUUUGAUGAAAUGGAAAAUCCACAUCUAUUUUUAAUUAAAUACUAUCGCAAAUUACAUUUUUUUUUUGUAAAUGAAAAGUGGUUAUAUAAGGGGGAGUCUUUAGAAACUGUAGAUAAUUUUAACUAUCUCGGUACCAUUUUCAACUAUACUGGUAAUUUUUCAAUGAAUCUAGAACAUCUAACAGGCAAAUCACUAAAAGCGUUGAAAGUACUGAUGCUCAAUUGUAAAAAAUAUGAUGUAAAACCUAAACUCCAAUGUCAAUUAUUUGAUUCUUUUGUCGGCUCUAUCUUAAGUUAUUCUGCUGAGGUUUGGGGUUGUACUAAAUCUAAAAAAAAUGGAGCGUAUUCACUUCAAAUUUUGUAAAAUUAUUCUUAAGGUUAAUUUAAGCACAUGUAAUGCUGGAGUGUAUGGUGAAUUAGGGAGAUAUCCUCUAUAUAUUUCUCGAUAUGUUAGGGUAAUUAGAUAUUGGUGUAAGUUGUUAAGUACAGACAAUAUUAUAUUGAAAAGGAUUUAUGAGCAAAAUGUUUCUGACCGCUCUAAAGGUUGUAAAAAUUGGAUAUCAAAUGUUAAAAGAUUGUUAGACACGUAUGGGUUUUCUGACUGUUUUAUAUAUUGUGAUAAGAUAGAUUGUAAAACAUCCCCUAAUAUAUUUAAACAAAGAUUGAUUGAUAAUUACAUGCAAGACUGGCAUAAUUCCAUUCAAAACAGCAAGUUGUUAGAACUUUACUUACAAUGUAAAACAAGUUGGUCAUAUGAAAAUUAUCUUGAUAUUAUACCAGGUAACUUAAGAUUUUACAUUUCUAGAUUAAGACUAUCGAAGGUGAGUACCACUUUAUUUUAAUUUGUCCUUGUUAUUUACGUAAGAAAUAUAAAGAUAUACUUCUAUUAUGUAAGACCAUCGAUGUUCAAAUUUUCUCAGCUGUUGCAAACUACUAACACAUCUCUAUUAUACAAAUUUGCAAAAUAUGUUAAAGAAAGUUUAGAAAUUAGAAAUACUAUCAUAAAUGUCUAGUAAACUAUGAUCUAUGAUCAUCCUCUAUGUAAACUGUUUUUUAUUAUAAUUUAUCAUACAGUUACACGUGAUGUUAUAUUAUAUGUAAUGUAAAUGUUAAAUUUAUAUUGAUGAUGUACUAUGUACAAAUCUAAUAAAAUAUAUGUUCUGUUCUGUUCUGUAAAAAACAAACAAACAAAAAACAUCAUUUAUAAUACAUGUAUACUUAUAUAUGUCUGACAUGGAUCUAACCAGAUAUAACGGGUAUUUUUCUAUAACAAAUCUUUCAUCUAAAAAUGUUAUAAAACAACUAAAAAUCUUUAAACGAUGUGGGAUUUGUAAAGACCUGGUUUACAUUUUUGGGUUUGAAUUACACCAUAAUGAUCGACUUUUAAAAAUCAUUUUACGCUUUGUAGUUUGCAAGGUAGGUCAAGAGAUUCAUAAAAUAUAGGUUAGGUAUAAUAACAUGUGUUAUUUUUAAACUUUAUUCUGUAUGUAUGUAAUCCAAUAUUACAAUGUAAAAUGCUAAAAAUUUGAUAUAUUUUCCACUUCGUCCAUAUUUGUGUUAAGUACUUGAACAUACGACGGAAUUACUUUAAUUGAGAAUUAUCUGACUUAAGGCUGUAGCUGAAAACAUAUAAUGGACUAUACAGAAUUCAGAGGCAAAGGAGUGCAUGUAACCGGAGCUGGUAAAGGUAUCGGGCGAGCCAUUGCAGUAAGACUGGCCAGUCUAGGUGCCAAUGUGUACGGAAUUAGCAGGACACAGGCAGAUUUAGACAGUCUCAGACAACAGGCACCAUCUAUAGAAACCCGGCUAGUGGAUAUUUCACAUUGGGACACUGCACGGAAAACAGUGGAAGAUAUUGGACCUAUAGAUAUGCUGAUAAACAAUGCUGGGGCUAUUAAACAUACACCAUUCUUAGAUGUUACAAAAGAAGAAUUAGACGAACAACAUAAUAUAAACUUCCGAGCAGCUUUUAACAUUACUCAGGUUGUUGCUCGCGGAAUGGUGGCACGUGGGACAGGUGGAGCUGUUGUCAAUAUAUCCAGUGUUGCUGGGAUCCGCACAACCAGUAAUCAUUUAUGUUAUAGUACUUCAAAAGCUGCUCUUGAUAUGAUGACAUUAUCGCUGGCAUACGAACUUGGACCUAAAAAGAUUCGUGUGAACAGCGUAAACCCUACAAUUGUCAUGACUGAGUUGGGGAAAAAGGGCUGGAGUGAUCCGGAAAAGAAAGCAGCUGCCCUUGCCAAAAUACCAGUUGGGCGUUUCGCAGAGGAAGAAGACGUCGUGAAUGCCACGGUAUUCCUGCUAAGUGAGAAGUCCUCUAUGAUAAAUGGUGUCACACUACCGGUAGAUGGCGGUAUGCUCAUCGACGUCAUGUAAAAUGUAUGAACAUGACGAUUGUUUCCAGCAAGCUUUAUAGUUGUUGUGCCAUACGUAAAGCUAUCACUGGUUGUUUUCCUGUCAGACUCCCUCACAUGAUCCAUACAUUCAGCAUUCCUUUAUUGUUAAGAUAACUAGAUUAAUUGGACAUAUUACCUGUUAUCAUUAAGGCACUUAUCUGGUAGCUUCUUCAGCUUAAUAACGCUAGUAUUAAAAUUUUAGUACGAUAUUUUUCUUAUACUUUUCUGAUUUGCUCCAGCAACGCUUACUUUAGUCGAGGAGCAAGACGUAAACUGGUUUCAAACUUAAUUCAAGCGGGCGAAAUAACUAAAAACCGGAUAUAAAUAAUGGCCAAAACUAAGCUAAACAUGGCGUCUUUCUUUUACGUUUCGACUUCGUUCCUUUCGAAUUGCCGAAUAUAUGGAAAGUAUAACAUGGUCAUGGUGGUGGAAUGCUUUGAUUUUAUUUACAGAAAUGAAUAAUGGUUGAAAAUGUAUAAAGUAAAUUACUUAGAAUAAUACAUGAUAUGUAACAAAAUGUUAAGUCUUGUGUUGUGUUAAAUCAUGUUCUAAUUGAUUAUUUUCAAUAUGCCGUUGGUCUACGCCAAAGGAUGAUAAUGUUUCCUCUAUUAUUUUCUCUUUUUUUUUCUUUCUUUUGGAGGAUCUGGAGUUAUAUCUGCAAUAUUAUGCCGAAUCCUGUCUAUUUUUGGAUGAUAUAGUCCUAAUACUGUUUGCAGAUGAUAUGGACACCAACUUUUAGGCCUUUGUUCAUAUUGUCAUAACUGGGGACUUCAAGUAAACAUGUCAAAACGAAAAUUACGGUGUUUCGCAAAAGAGGUGGACUAUCAGCCACUGAGCAUUAGACCUAUAAUUGCCAAGUAAUCGUAGUAGCUAAUGAUUUCAGUUAUCUUGGUGCUUUAUCAAAUUAUACUUAAUCAAGAGCAUUUGAUUUGUAAAGCUUUAAAGGCCAUGACGGUGAUGUAGUGUAAAUAAAAGGAAUUUGAUCUGAGUCAUAAAACAUUGUGUCAGCUUUUGAUGCUUUUGUUUCAUCUAUAUUGAAUUAUUCAUGCGAAAUUUGGGACUAAUCUAAGUCCAAAGAAUUUGAAAUAAUGUAACCAAAAUGCUGUAAAGUUACUGAAAGUGAGACCAACAACAUGUGAUGCCAAUGUCCCAGGUGAACUUGGAAGAUAUGUUUAUUAAGAAUAAAUAAGUUUUAAUUGAAAGUUGUUGAUACUAAUAUCAUAUUAAAAUCAGUGUUUAAUUAAUGAUAGCGGAUUUCCAUAUAUGUUUAGUAAUUCUAGCGGAUAAAUAAGCAUUUGUUUUUUUGUGCGAAAUUAAAUAUGGUAUAAUUGACUCUGUUAAACAAGAAUAGUAUGCUAAUUUGGAAAAUAGCUCUGUUUUGUAAAAUGUUAAAUUUUCUUUUGAAUAUGAUCGUUAUUUAAUGUACGUAUCCCCCGAAUCUUCUAACAGAUUUAAUUUAAUGAAACUUGAUGGGAUGA